GUUUCGUUCUUGUCUUUGAAAAGAGUGUGAGCCGCGGGGCCGCGCUUCCCUACGCCACGGGGGUGCUGGCUCGCGUGGGCUGUUGUGGUGUAGGGGGGCCCGGAGCGGCAGCCGCCAUGGCGCAGGUGCUGAACCUCAACAAUGAGGUUGUGAAGAUGAGAAAAGAGGUGAAGAAGGCCAGAGUUCUUACCAUUCGCAGACUCACCAGACACAUUGCAAAACUUAAGUUAAAAAAGGGUUCGGAAGAUGUGGUACUUAAGAACCAAAGGCGAGCAGAGAGAUUACUAGAAGAAAUUCAUGCCAUGAAGGAAAUAAAACCGGAUCAAGUAACCAAACUUGCUCUUGGAGGAGAGAUUAAUUUUGAGCAAGUCUGCAAAAAGCCAAAUUCCACUGCAGCUGACAGAGCGACUGCUAGACUAGCAACACACCCACUGUUAAAGACAAAAAUUGCUGAUAUUAAAGCUGCUGUAAAAGCCUUUAAGGAUGCAAGACGGAAGCCACCUAAAACUCAAUCUUCAGAUGAGCAUAAAUCAGAAGAACAGCUUUCUCAAAAGCCUAAAUUGAGGCAACAUUCUAAUAGCAGUGUAGAUAACCAGACACAUACACUGGUUCUAAAACAGCAAGAAGCUAAAACAAAGGUGAAUGUGAAAACAGCCACUAACAUAGAAAAUAAACAAAUCUGCGAGAGAGAAUGUGAGCAGAAAUCUUCAGGAAUUGAAAGAACAGAUUCUUCGGGUGAUUUGUCACUACAAACUUCAGAAAAACAUGCCAUAGUUGAAGAUCAAACAGAACCGACAAUUGACUGGCCAAAAAGAAAAAAACUUACAAGUGCGAACAAGUUCAGGAUAACAAACAAAUCAAACAGUGAUGUUAGUGAUAUGGAAGAAUUUGAUAACAAGGAGUAUUUUGAUGACAGCACGGAAGAGAGGUUUUAUAACCAGUCAUCCGAUUCUGAAGAUAGUGAUAGCCAUGAUGAUUUCUUCAUCGGCAAAGUAAAGAAAAAGAAGAAGAAAGUGGCAGAUAGUGACCUUUCUUCAGCAAAGGAAAAGAAAAGUCUCAAAGAAGCAUUACUAAACAAAACAAAGGACUCAAAGUUUAUGACGAUGCAGGAUGUGAUCACAGAAGAAAGUAAACCAAGUGCAAAAGCAGUGAAGUUGGAAUCAGUAUUUUGCAAUUCUCUGUCCAGAUCUGAUCAGAAAUACAAAAAUAUGAAGAGAAAUGUUAACUAUCAGACUUCCAAAAACAGAAGAACAGCUUUUCCAAAAAAUGAACUGCGGGUAAAGAGAACACACCUUGCUAAAGCUGCAGGUAUAAAGUAUGAAAAUAAAAAAGAGCAUUUAGAGCAACCGCUUCAUCCUUCGUGGGAAGCAAGCAAGAAGCGUCGGGAACAAAUAUCUCAAAUUACAGCAUUCCAGGGGAAAAAGAUUAAAUUUGAUGAUGAUUAAACUUUUUUAAUGUAAAUUCAUAUUGUUAAAGAAGAUUCUUAUAGUUCCCCUCUAGUUCGGUAUCUACUUUUGAGAUGUAACAGCUUGUGUUUUGACUGGACCUUUGUGACCCGGGUGUUAUAGAUUGAAAAGAGAAUAUUUAUCUUCUUGAUUGAGAUGAUACGUGCAAAGUUGUUUGGAAACUAAACCUUUUACAGUAUUUGAGAACUAGUGCCUUUUUCAAAUCAUAUUUACAUGUUUUUAUAAACUAAAUAGUAUCCUAAUCUUGAGAAAUCGGUGAUGUAGUCUUUUAAGGUUUUUUGGCAAGGAAAAAGCUAUUCCAGAUUUGUUUAUAAUGAAGAUUGAGCAAAUGAAACAAUUUGUGCUAUAUUAGUUGACUAAUUGGGAUGUCA